AUCUGCUACUGAUGCUAUUUGCUGGGAAAAGCCUUUCCUUGGCGCUGAAUACACCCCGUGAUGUUAUCGCAAUAGAAAUUAUGUUUUCGGUUCAGUUUUUAUUAAGAUUCGUCCGGCGUCAGUUCGAUUGUUCCCGUUGGUUAAUUUCGAGACGUCUAGAUGGAUUCUCUUCUUUCUUAGAGUAGUGAAAUCGCGCAUACGAACUAUUAAACCGUUGAACAUACAGAUGUACUAGCGAAAAAAGUGUAAAUAACAGUGUGAAGUGCUUUAAAUAUUUUCAUCCCAAAACAUUUGGAAUCGAAAGUGCUUUCCCCGUUCGAAAAAUAGAUAACUCGAAAAUAGAAAAAAAAACAGUGUGAGCGAGCGAACGUGAACGAGAAGAAAAACAUCGAAUAGUGCCCAUUUUCGCAAUCGAUCGCAAGAGUGUGAUAUGAGAACACCGUCUCCACGGAACAGCUGAUGAGCCCCACGGAGUACCAGGCGGUCGGGGCCCUCUUCCUCAUGCUUCUGGCAACGACGACGAGGGUCUCAACGAACAGCGCAGUCAAAACAGGGACAGCACCUGCUGCGAACGUGGUCGUCGAGGAGCCAGAGUUCACUGACGUAAUAGAAAAUGUAACAGUGCCUGCAGGACGGAAUGUCAAAUUGGCGUGUUCCGUCAAAAACUUAGGAUCAUAUAAGGUAGCGUGGAUGCACUUCGAGCAGUCUGCCAUCCUAACUGUACAUAACCAUGUGAUAACGCGCAACCCACGGAUCAGCGUUACGCACGACAAACAUGACAAGCAUAAAACCUGGUUCCUACACAUAUCAAAUGUCCAGGAGGAGGACAAGGGCCGUUACAUGUGCCAAAUCAAUACAGUGACAGCCAAAACACAGUUUGGCUAUCUGCACGUUGUUGUGCCCCCGAACAUCGACGACUCGCUGAGUUCAAGCGACGUUAUUGUGCGGGAAGGAUCCAAUGUGACGCUGAAAUGCCGCGCCACAGGAAGUCCCCAACCAAUGGUCAAAUGGAAGCGAGACGAUAAUUCUAAAAUAGCUAUUAAUAAGUCGUUAAGUGUACUGGAGUGGGAUGGAGAAUCGGUGGAGCUAUCGAAAAUCUCCCGCCUGGAUAUGGGGGCAUACCUCUGCAUCGCUUCGAACGGCGUCCCACCCACGGUGUCGAAGCGGAUUAAAGUCAGCGUGGACUUUCCCCCGAUGCUCUGGAUCCCGCAUCAAUUGGUAGGAGUUCCUAUCAAUUUCAACGUUACCUUGGAGUGUUUCACCGAAGCGCACCCGACGUCCCUCAACUACUGGACACGAGAGGAUGGCCACAUGAUUCACGACUCCAGGAAGUACAGGACGGAGUCAACGAUUGGCAUGCCUAGCUAUAAAACCCACAUGCGGCUAAACAUCUUCUACAUCCAGCAGAGUGACUAUGGUACCUAUAAGUGCGUUGCCAAGAACCCUCGUGGAGAAACUGAUGGAACGAUACGAUUAUACAUAUCAACACCACCCACAACGUCUCCCGGUCCUCCGACUACCGACUCCCAGUCAGUGGACCUUUGGUCCAACAACGGUAGCGGACGGAAUGAUACAGCCGCUUCGCACCAUCACUUUAACGGCCCAGGAGGUGGUCAGCAUCAUCCCAAUUCGUAUCCCGUACACGUGACUGAUAAAAAUUCGAAGUACUCCUCUAACCUAAACGAGAUCGACAAAUCCGAGCAGAAAUCGUAUGAUUCGAACAUCAUCUAUUGGUCGUCUAGUACUAACAGCAACAGUAGAGCUUCUUUACGAACUAUCUGCAGUAUUCUGUCCAGUAUCGUUAGCUCAACUUUAGUAAUUUCAUUAGCGAAACACAGCCUACAAUAAUCAAAAGAAUGAUACUAUGAAAAAUCGAGGGUCCUAUAGUGGUUGCCACCUGGCAACCAAAUCUGUAAUUAUGAAAGGUUAAUAGAUAGAAAAGGUUUAAAAUAAAAACAUAGAAAUAGCAAACAGCAUUAUAACUUGCUAUGUGAAAUUAUAAUCACAGUAAAAGCAUAAAAGUAUGUAAACAUGUAUAACUGAAAGCAGGGUUUAUCAACACAUAUACAGAAGUAUUGAAACUAUUAUACUAUACCAUAAAUAAACGAACUUUAGUGUAAUGAAAUAAUAUUCCAGCAGGACAUAAUGAAGGUAGCGGAAUGAGCAAUUUUGCGGACUAAGCGCGCUGAUGGAAACGUACGCAAAAUCGACUACGGUGCAACCGUUUAGAAACAAUCAUUUUCGUCAUCGAUCCCGGCAAAAAAACAUAAACAGUUAAAACAGGACAUUUGUGUCCGUUGGAAGCAAAACCAAUUUAUGUUAAUAGGAACUCAUAAUUUGAUUUCCACCCCAUAACACACGCUCCAGUAUGCAACCGUAAGUCUUCACGAUUUUAAUUGUUUCUCUUCCAUCAUCAUCAUCAGCAUCAUCAUCAUCGACAUCAUCCCCAAGCUGAUAACUCCUGGGAUGAAAAUAGGAUUCAAAUAUGUUGACUAAGUGUACAAUCCCCAUGCCCGUACCUCCGGGAAUGGAUGGGAAAAUGAGGAGCACAUUUUGAAGCUUCCGUUCGGUUCAAUUCCACCGAAAGCGGAUAAAGGAAAGAUUUCUGCUGGAUUGUUUCUUUUUUUUUUAUUCUCCUGUAUUUUUCGGAAACCUUUUCCGAUAAUAGCUUAUUGGAUUGGGAAAGGACACACACACAGUGAUCGAAGGUUGGAGGUAAUCAUACGGAAGACGACGACCGGUGUCACGGGAAGGCCAUUAACGAUUGAUGCGCAAAGAACCGUACUGUACAUUUUGACAGUUUUGAGUAGCUUAUUCGAUCGAUAUCUAGACGUAACGAAACAGAGCUUAAAAGUUGAUUUUACACAGUUUAGUAAUGAGCGAACUUAGGGAGGUGUUCAAAUCGGUACACUGAAGGAAGGAUGAUAAAAGAUCGUUAAAUAAAAUUUAGAAUCAAUGAAAAAUUAUAAUAUUUGUAUCUUUGAUAUAAUGAUUUAUUAUCGUUAUUUAUGAACAACCCGAUUUAUAUUCGAUUAUUUUUUUUAAUUCUUGUUUUAAGAGGCUUUCAGCCUCCUGGGCUGGUUCGCAUCUGGAUUUUCGAUUCACAUUCUUAAAAUGUUUUAGUGUUAGAUAUUGCAAAACUGGUACAUAGGUUUACUUUCUGCAAUUAUUAUAUCAUAGACCAGGGGUUUUCAGAAGGAAAUUUGUGCUCCGCGAAGUUAUAGCAAAUGUUCCCACUUGAAAACUCAUCUUGGAAAAAAGGAUUAAUUUAAUUUCACUGAAGAUAAAAAAUCUCCCUUUUUCACUCCAGGUCUGAUGCCGCGUAUCUGGUACGCACAACCGAAAUGGAGCUAUUCCCAGUUGAGUAACAACAAUGGUUUUGGGAAAGUUGUGUGGUAUUGUGUAAGCGACGUUGACAAGCGCCAUUAGCCUUUCUAGUAGACGGUACAGCCGAUUCAAUCUUCGAACUCUUCCGGUAAUUCUUCAUCUCUCAGACCUUAAAAAUAACCCAGUGAAACGCCCUAGAAAAUGUUCCCCUAUCGUGAUUUUCGCAGGACCUCAUGACCAGAUGUUUUGUCAUCUGCUGUAGGCAAGCGUAGGUCGGUUCCAUUUGUGCUUCUACUUUCUGCACCCCCAUUUAGGUGCUCAUCAAAGUGUUUCAUCCUUCUCUCAGCCACCUUGCUUCCGUUCGUGAUCAGAACAUCUACUUCCCUACCUAACAGUUCGGCUGAAAAGUUUAUAAGGUAACACAGAAAAACAAUUUUUUUUGCCAAAUUCAAUUUUAUUAUUCAACACAAUUGCCCUCGAGGACGAUUCAUGCGAUUAUAUCGAUCUUGCAACUUUUCGAUAACAUUUUUAUAGUACUCUUUCGGUUUUUCCAAAAUAGGCCUCAGUUUCGGUUAUCACUUCAUCAUCGGUCUUAAAUUUUUUGCCAGCGAGCAUUCUCUUCAAGUCUGCGAACAUAAAAUAAUUGCUGGAGGCCACAUCUGGAGAUUACGGUGGAUGCGGAAGCAAUUCGAAGCCCAAUUCAUGCAAUUUUGCCAUCGUUUUAAUUGAUUUGUGAUUUUUUCAAUUUUUUUCACAAUAACAAAAGUUGCUUCACUCUCAAUGCUGUAACCAGGGCCCGAAAUCUUCGAAGGUGAAAAAUGCAGACCUACUCUACACCAAGUAGCUUCGCUUCGACAAGAACGACUUCGGCAGUCGCCCACAACAAAAGUUGACAAGCAAGGAUGUGAACUAGUCCAGUCAGUGGUUAUUUUAACUGACUCGACUAAUGAAUACAAAUCUGCCUCUUCAUUCAACUGACUUCAAUCCACACUUCCAUUUCCCCCUGACACUAAUUUCAUACCCGCGUAGCAAUCUUAUUUUUACGUCCAUAUAAAGAGAAACGAAAACAUCAAUGGACAGUUUAUUGUCUACCCAUCGUGAACUCAAACCAACGAACAUAGACAUUUAUCAAGUAUGCUAUAAAGGUCUUCGCGUUAGUAUUAGUAAAUAGCGUGCAAAAUAGCGCACACACACUGCACGCUAUUUUAUACGUGUGAGUAAUUUCCGUGUACAAUACAAAAGAAUCUAGCUCACCUGUAGCGUAUGUUAAAAUACGUUGAACUCGAACAUCGAUGCAUGCGCACGUACAUGGGAGAGAGAAAGAGAGGAACGAAUUCGGUGUGGAGGAAGUGACUUCAAAUAUUCAGACUUUUCUGAAUUCAUCAUCCAUACUUUGUAAUAUCGCUUACCAUCGCUUUUUUUAUAGAUGCGAAAAUGCAAGCCAGGGCGCUGAAAUUGUGAAUUGUGUUUAUUGUGCCGAUACUGCAACAGUAAAAUACGUGCAAUUUAAUUUAUUUUUUUUAAACUUUUAUUUCUUUAAUAUUUUUUUAGUGCAAUACUCUAAAUUAAGAUCUCUACUCUCAACAAAUGAACCGUUUGAAGCUAGCGAUUGACCAGAAACGUCCAGAUAUAGCCAACAGAAGAGGUGUUGUGUUCCAUCCGGACAACGCAAGGCCGCACAAUUCCAAGAGCUUGAUUGGGAUGUUUUAAUGCAUCCACCAUAUAGUCCGGACCUGGGACCAAGCGAUUACCACCUUUUCCUGGCAUUGCAAAAUUUCCAGAAUGAUAAGAAAUUGGGAUCAAGCGAAGAUUGUAAAAAUUUAUUGCUAGAGUUUUUCGCCAAUAAGGAACAAUGAUAGAGACAUUAUUAAGCAACCCUCAGAAUGGCAACAAAACGGUGCAUAUUUUACCCAAAUCGGACAAUUCGAAGCAUAUUAAAAAUAGUUUUGAAUUUCACCCAAAAAUAAUGGAUUCAUCAUCAUCAUUAAAGUUGAGACAUUAAAGUCAUUAAAGAAAUGUCGUAUUUCUGAUCGAAAUUUGACGCUUUAUUUAACAUACUUAAAAUUAUCCACUGUAAGUCAAAUAUGCGCCGUUUUGUUCGCAAAUCUCUGACAGCCAGUUUUCGCAAGCCGAGUUGAGGGUCAUAGUUGAGCAGCUCAUAGUGGAUGAUUCCCUUCCAAUCCCGAGUUGAGGGCCAUAGUUGAGCAGCUCAUAGUGGAUGAUUCCCUUCCAAUCCCACCAAACACACAGCAAAACCUUCCUGGCCGUAAAUCCGGGCUUGGCGAUGAUUUGGGCCGGCUCACCGCGCUUCGACCACGACUUUUUUCGCUUUAGGUUGUCGUACGUGAUCCACUUUUCAUCACCAGUCACCAUCUUCUUCAAAAAUGGGUCGAGCUCGUUCCGUUUCAGCAGUGCAUCGCAGGCGUUUAUUCGGUCUAAAAGAUUUUUUUGCGUCAACUUGUGUGGCACCCAUACAUCCAGUUUUUUUUGGAACCAAUCUUCUGCAAAUGGUUCCAAACGGUUUUAUGGUCUAUACCCAGUUCCUGGUCAAUCGAGCGAGUGCUCACAUGCCGGUCUACUUGUAUGAUUUCAACGAUUUUAUCGGUUUCCACGACGAUUGGCCUACCAGUAUAUUGACAAUAUACGACAUUUCUUUUUCCCCAACCCAAUAUAAAAUCUUUUUAUAUUGAACGUAAACUCAUAAAUUGAUUAAUUUUACACUCUGAUACUUAUAAUUGAUAAAGAACUAUGUGGAAACAUCUACAUACACAUUAUCCUCAACAAGGUAAGGCUGUUCCUCGAAUUUAAACUCGUUAUAAUUUCAUAAAUUCGUCGGAUAAUCAUGAAAUGUUCUAGUACUAUUUUGAAAAACCACGAAACUUUUUAGUAUAGUGAUGAAAAAAGUUAAGUACAGCUCUGCAUCAAGAGAAUUUAACUUGAUGUAAGCUCCAUACAAGUGUGGACCGGAGAGCUCUCAUUUCCAGCCAGGAAAACAUUGGCAGGGAUCCAAGUAUAUUUAUUACAGUUACUUUUUAUUCUGACAAAGUAAAAAAAUCAAAAACAAAAAAUCAGGCAAAAUAAAGAUCAUUUCAAAAAAAUCAGGCAAAAUGAAGUGUUUAUCAGGAUAUCAGGGAAAUCCUGAAAAAUCAGAAAGGUUGGCAUAUCUUCUCAUGUUUAUAAAACAAACAAAAGACCUUCGAUUCAGACGUGGUAAAAUUAAGCGUACCGUUCCGGUCCUGGUUUCCUCCCUACCAUCUGUCCUCUAUCCGAUCCGAAGAUAUUGAGUUUUGUCUCAUCCGUAUAAAGGACUUUGUUCCAGAACUCCUUAGGUUUUUUACAUAUGUUGAAUAUGUUACAUGUGCUCCCUUGGCCGAGUGGUUAGCGUCAUAACUAACAUGCCGGGUGUUCGGGUUCGAUUCCCGUUCUGGUCGGGGGAAUUUUUCGUCAAAGAAAUUUCCUCCGACUUGCACUGUGAUCACGCGUAUUCUAGAGCUUGCCACUCAGAAUGCAUUCAAGGCGUGUUAUUUGGCAUAGAAAUCUCAACUAAGUACUAAUAAAAAUGACGCAAGUAAUACUACGUUGAGAAGGCGAAGUUCUUCUAGGAACGUUAGUGCCAUUGAAGAAGAAGAAGAAGAAAUAUGUUACAUAUGCAAACUCCAGUCGUUUUUUUUCAUAUUUACCCCUGAGAUGAGAGGCUUUUUACGGACAACACAACCUCUCAGAUUGUUCCAGUAUGGUAUUUCCCGGACGAUGUCUGUGCUGCCAAGUAUUCCGAUGGUGCUAGCUACUUCGGGAAUCAAUUUCAAAUUGCUUGUUCUAAGGUUCUUUUGUAGUUUGCAAUUAACUUACCUACAAAGUUUGUUUGUUUGGAGAAAUUUAAGGUGUUGCAAUGCAUCAAAUUGAGAUUUUUUUAGCUUUUAGGGUUAAAGAAUUAGCCAAAAAAACAUUUCGCGGAAUUUUACUGUGCGUAUAGCUAGUCAAAUUUGUGAGUAAUUAAUAUACGUUAGAAGAAUAAAUGUAAAUAUUUUGUACCAAAUAAAUGGAAUGUAUCGUCAGGUAGCAUGUGUACACUCAAUUUUGCGAUUGAUUGUAUAUAGUGGGAAGGGCCGCUCAUUUGGUAUGUCGUGUGUGUGUGGUGCUCAUAAUCACACCGAUGUCAUUACUGUCAACUAAAUCCUUUUUCUUCCAUUUGCACGAGUCUUUGCAAGAUACAAAAGCCGAUGAGUGCGGCGUCUGUUCAAUUUCCACGUAAAAAAACGAAUCACACGGAUGUGAUUACAUCAAUACCGCUUUUUGUUCAAAUCGCUAGUUGUUAUACACUCUGUCCAACUUCUAUAAGACCAGGUAAUGAUCUUGUUGCUUUGUAUCAUUGUAAACAAACAAUACAAUUUAUAUUCUAGUGAAUUUAUAUUGGUGACUAUCAUACACUGCAUGAUUUUCAUAUGGGAGUGUGCAAGCGAUUAGCGUAAACAAAUGUUGUUGUAUUUUUCAAGUGUCAAGUUUGUAUAAGACCAGUUACCUUUUUCGUUGUUUUAGUUGUUUUGAUCAAUAAAUCUGGAAUACCGAAAGGAAAAGUGCUAACGGAGAGAGAAGAAAGACAAAUCGAUGAAUUUAACUAAGAAAAUGUUAGUAUCAGAGAAAUUGCUCGUCGAAUUGGACGAUCCCAUCAAGUAGCGCUCAAUUAAUUGGCGUAUUCUCAAGGAUACGAUAAGAAGAAGAGAACUCCACGUAAAUCGAAGUUCUCUGACCAGGAUAAGCGGGAAAUAGUUAGAACAGCUUCGAGUACCUCAAAAUCGCUUAUGCAAAUAAAGCAAUCUUUGAAUUUAAAUGUUUCCCGGGAGACAAUAAAUCAAAUCUGGAUAAAGAGCCCUUGCAUAAAGAGCGUUUAACAGGUUAUAGCUCUUAAUAUUACACCAUCUCACAUCGGAAGACGUCUGAGUUUUGCCAAAACUCACUUGAACCGACAAUGGGGCAUGGUGUGUUAUGACAAAGAAUGUUUUCAAAAGAAUACAUUUUGCAUAAAGCAAAACCAUAACCAUAACGAAAAGUUCUUCAAUGUAUAUGUUAUGUUCAAUUACGAAAAAAAGGUCAUUUUGGAUGGUCCUGAUGGUUUCAACGGGUACUGAUGUGAUUUACGGAAGGAGGAACAGUAUUUUUCAACCAGGAAUUUUGGAGGAGGCUCGUGUAUGGUUUGAUCGAGAUCCUGUGCAACUAAAAAGCUCAAGAUAGCUUUCACAUGAUUCAAAAAGAAUAGCAAGGAUUACAAGGAUUGUGGUGCACCCGUGGCCGAGUGAUUAGCGUCUCACAUUAUCCUGCCGGGUGUUCGGUUUAGAUUCCCGUUCUGGCCGGAGGAUUUUUCGUCAAAGAAAUUUCCUUCGACUUGCACUGUAGUCACACGUUUUCAAGAGCUUGCCCCUCGGAAUACAUUCGAGGGGUGUUAUUUGGCUUAAGAAAUCUCAACUAAGUAUUAAUAAAUGACGCUAGUUAAUGCAUACGUUGAGACGGCAAAAGUUCCACAAGGAACGUUAACGCCGUUCAAAAAGAAGCAACGAUUACUUACAUGUUCUGGAGUCCUCUCUCCUAACGUUUUUUGCAUGCAGAAUACUGCAGAAUACUUCAGUUUGCGUUUUGCACUUUUCACAAUAGUUGAAUCUAGCUCACUGUUUCCAUUUAUUCCUUGUUGCUAUUUCUUUGAUGUAAUUUCUUAGAAGGACUAAUUAAUAAAGAAAAUCAUCGAAAAUUGUUUCAUCUAAAUCCAUUGCGUUAGUUGACCAUCGUCGUUUUAAGAAGAUAAGCUCCAAAAAAAAAAAGAAUAACCAAUUACCAAGAGUCCUUGAAUGAUGCCGUUUUUUUUAAUUUAUUUCUUUAUAUGGUAGAAUUACACAAAAAAAAUUACUUAGGUUACUACCAGAAGAACUCAAAACCGAUUUGAACACACCCAACGCUCAGAAACGUAAAACAUAUCAAAUCAUAUGUCCUCCAAAUUUAACUCUAACUGUCAAGUAGAUUAGGCCUACGUGAAUCGCAGGUACUGACAGUUCGCCACUCAAGGAUAAGCUACAAACACAGUUGGCUACGCUGGCUCUAUUGUACAUUACCGACUACAAUCAAUAAACUUUGACUAAAUGAGAAACUCGGAUCAAUUGGGAAAAAACCGAAUGCACUGCUUUCACAAUAUUGCCAGGAAAGUCAUGUAAAAUUGGGAGUGUCUACCGCUGACGGUCUAGAACAAACUAGUGUUGUUGAAAGAUUUCACACAAAAGGUAAAAUCUAACUAUAUUGUGCCAAACAUUUCCAUAGAGUGCAGUAUAUUAUUAAAGAAAACUAAUAUAAGUAGACAUUGUUUUUUUUAAAUGAGGCGGUCUUAUGUUCCAAACGAAAAGUCGCUCAAAGUGACGAGCAAAGUUUGUCUACGCAUUGGUCGAUUCUAGCACAUCGAUUAUACACUAUACAAAACACUUACUGAAACGCAGCAUAUAGAGGACAAAAUGUAUCACAAUUAAACUAAAACCUAGAUACUAUUUACAAUUAAUCAAUUAAGCAAACAUGAAAGUGACUCAAAAAAGAUUGGGGUCGAGUGAAUCGAAAACUCAAACUAUUUAUGUUCUAAUGGAAGAAGAUAUUGUAAAGAGGGUCCUAUGUUAUCAUAUUACCGAAAAAUAAU